AUGGCACAAUCCAGCACCUUCGUGCCGGCCUGGAAGCGUCUGGGCCUGAAGCUCAAGAACUUUCCAAAAGAGCCCGAAACCAAUCACCAAACCGUGGAGACACAGUCUAGUCUUUCCUCCGUUCAGCAUGAUAGCGAGUUGCAAGAAGACCGCAAUUUUGGCCAGGCGUCCCAAGAUCAGGUCAAGCUUGGCAAGCGAAAGCACCAUUCUGAUGCAGCUGAUGUAGAGGGUGCUUCUGUCAAAAAGAGCAAGCACGACUGGGCAGAUCUUUCUGCGACCGGGGACGCCGCCGCUGCUCCAGAAGCAGAGCUCAAUUCAAUGCGACCAGCAGCAAGUGAAGCGUCGCCAGCUGACCAAGCCCAACCCAAAGGCGACCCAAAUUAUCGCAAGAAGAAGGGUGGUGACCUCAAUUACCGGAAGAAGAAAGAGAAAGAGCCAAGACUGUUGGUUCAGAAGUCAUCGAAAGUAAAUGCGGCGCAUGAGCAAAGUUUGGCGCCGCCAAAGGCCGCGCGGACGCCAUCUCUCUCACCUGGACGCACAGAUUCUGCGGCAAAUGGUUCAACUUUACUUCCGUCUACCGAGAUUGAGUCUCUCGCCCCGCCGUCUUGGGCAACCCCACAGAGGCAACAGUCCACCAAGAGCAAUAGUUCAAGUCUGUCACCCCCAAAGACCGACCGACGUAAGUCGGUGACAUUCACUCCCGACACCAAGGCUAGCGACGGCAAUAGCGCCUCCAAUUAUUUCAAACAGUGGGUGGCGGAGCAGAAAGGAUCAGACGCCGACUUCACUCCAGCUGAGGUCGCCCAGUUCGCGAAGCCACCCGAAGUGCACAUUGCGAACAGCAAUCCAUCAUCUACCCUACCACUGAAGGCGACGACUACAGGAAAGAAGAAGGAUCCCUCCCGUUAUCUCAACUACCUCGCCCAGUAUUAUCAAGACCGAGCCAACUGGAAGUUCAACAAAGCAACUCAAAACGACGUGCUCGAGAAUUCGCUGAACAUUUUCCGCAUUCCAGAGGAGUAUUCAGACGCUCUGCUGGAGUACGUGAGGGGUCUCAAAGGUGCAGGAGUCAUCGACAGACUCAGGGAACGUUGCAUGAAGACUAUCGACGAGGUUAACGAAGAGGAGAGCAAAGCAGGCAUGGAUGAGCGUGAGGCGAUGAAGGAGGAUGCACUCCAGGAGCGCCUCUCGACAGAGAGGAAGCGACGGCGAACAGAUGGUGAUAUUGAGAACAUGGCGGACCACCAAUACCCGGAAGGAUACGUUCGACGUUUAAAGCGAAGUCGCGCCGAGGCACUCUGUCGUGCUCUGAACAUUGCUAUGCCUGUUGCUACUACCCCGCAAAACGGACUUCGAAACGCUAAACAAGGAUCUUCUGAGGACACAUCAAUUGUUGCUCAAAACAACGCUCGCAAACGCAAGCGCAGGACUGAUGUUUCAAGUGAUGAGAGCAGCGAUAGUAGUAGCAGUGAGGAGGAAGACUCUAGCUCGGAAGGGAGCAGCGGCGACGACUCAUCUUCAAGCGACGAAGACAAGCACGCAGGCAGGGCAGAUGCAGAAUCUGACACGGAAAGCUCCGAUGGGAGCGGUGACAGCAGUGCCAGCGGAGACGAUAGCGAUUAA